UGGAUUUCGUUGGUAGAAAUCUGUUACCGAUUAAGUGGAUAUCGUGCUGCCUUCCUACGGAUGCGCGACUCUGUACGAAUGCGCAAUAUUAGUAUUAGGUGCUUAUGUAGAUAUUUUGGCUUUGUUGAAGUUUAAUCAAACAUAUCACUAUUAUGUUUCAACGAUGUGCUCUAAAAUAAUAAGUGUUGUGAAUAGUUGCUGUUAAAUAUUAUCGAGCUCUGACGGCGAGCGAAUUAUAAGCUUGCAAUAGUCUCUGCUACUAUGGUGCUAUGAUCUGAACACCAUGAUUAUACUUUUAUUAAGGGACACGCACACUAGACAGAUAAGUAUUCUACUUUUGCUUGUGUAUCUAUCGGUCCAUUAUUUUGUAAGCUCUUUACAUAUAUAACAUAUAUUUUGUGUUGCCGGUUUUGUCCGGUUUGACCUUUGAAGCGUGCAACAGCAUUGCAAGUCAAAUUGAAAUCUUAGCUAAACUAAAAUGAAGUAUAAGCUGCCAUUCGUUUCUUAAUCAAUCACCUUACUAGAUCCACGAAGGAUCAACCUUGUAAAUCAUUCUACUGAAGGUGACCAGACAGGUGAUGGAGCAUUCUGAUGCAUUUGGUUUUUAACCACAGUCAAUAGCGCCUAUUGAUUGUCGAUCUGCGGGACUAGUUGCGCAGCGCUGCUGGCCAAAGAUAAGCAGCCGGAGACGUUAAGAGAAUCCCUUUUGUACUCUUAGAAUUUUGCUAUUUUUUAAUCGAUAAAUAUUACAUUAUUCUGAUUUCAUAUAUAAUAUACAAUGUCUGUUAUUUCAAAUUUAACGCAAGAGAUAUUCGACUAUGACUUACGUGGAAGGUCAAGACAAAAAUAUCUUAAGAAGAUCUUAACCGCUGCUUCCUUCGUAAGCUGUUGUUUGCUAAGUCACAGCUAUUCUAAAAUGACAGUUCUCACAAGCUCUUUCGACUGGCUGGAAACAUUUGCUUGUUUUAAUCCAAGAAAUUGUUUUGGUUUACUCUGAUCUAAGGUAGUAUUUAAGCGAGUCCCGGAUAUUCGUACAUUUGACCAUCGGUAAAUACACUAAAGUUACCAUCAGCGCUUCCAAUAUAGAUCUUUCGUUUAAUAUUCGAAUUCUGAAUUACCUGAGAUUUGUUCUCAAUAACUCGCUGCACCAGAACGGUUAUCUAUGCAUACAGAACCUGUCACAAUUAAAUGCAUGUUCCCUGCACGAGAGGCAAAGAAGCGUUCCGCCGCAUUUGUUUCCUUGCGAUGUUAGCAUACUCGUCUUCGUGCCAAUGCUACACGCAGACGAAACAACCGCCAAGAUACGAAAAUUUUCCCAUUCAACUAUAAUUAUCUAUUGCCCUUCAAAAAUACUACACUGCGUAAAAAUUGCCUCCUCGACGGCUGUAGAGUGGAUUGAAUAUGAACAACAACUUUACACCGCUGUAGUUUCUAUCGUUGAGGUGUUCUGCCGGAGGGUUUCCGCCGCAUAUUGUCCAUGCGACAGCUAAAUAUAUAGCAUAUUUGCUUGCUAAUUUUAAAGACACGUUGUAGUCUAGGUUCAAACCCGGGUAUAAGAAGACUGACUUUGUUUCAUGGUGGGGGCCAAUCGUCGGUCUGAUGCAAUAUCAAAUCGCGGUACCGGAUGUGAAACUCGAAGCAUAGAAAAACACAUGGUAUAAAACAUUCAGACCUUUUUAAUAUCACUUGAGAUAAAUUAAAUAAGCAAUAAGGAUUUAUUUGGGCGAAAUCACUUCCUUGUGGUAGCUGACACAGUCGCGUGUAUCGUUUGUCGAGCUGAUCAUGUUGCGAAAUUUAGUUAUAAAUUGGCAUCUGGCAUCACAUCUCAGAGUUAAAUGGUACUUUGGGUUACUGCACUUCUAACUUCGUCACAAAGAGGCUAAGUUUAAGUGACAAGUGGUGACUUCAUCUAUUUUUUGCCUGCAGCUUUUGCGAGUUUCUUGCAGUCAGUAUAUAAUUUCAAUAAGUAGAAAAAGAUUAAAAUCCCUCAUUGUCUCUGAAAAAUUCUCUGUCGAGACAGUUGACCGUAACGCUAAUCGUUUAGGAUAAUGAAUAGAUUCAUACGGGUUGUAAAGGUAUUUGUAAUAAGGUUCUAUUAAUCUAUUGUAGAAAAUCCUUUAAUUUAAGGCUUUACACAAGAGUUACCUUUAUGUUUUGCAAAUCCUUUUUGUAUGUACCAUAAAUUAGUGCCGAAGUUUUUAAUAGUGAUUUUUUUUAUGAAUUUUAGUAGUGAAAGAACGAAAAUAUCGAUGUAUUGUUUUGAUUGACCGGAAUACGAUCGCACUGACAGAAUGUGAAUUACACAGGCAAGUACCUCGACGUCUCUCCAGUUAAUUCCGAGCAUAAUACCAAGCCGUUCUGUGUGAAACCUGAUAAACAUUAGUUUAUAUUUCAAGGUAACAGUAUUUUAUAACAGUGCGAUGUUUACAGGUACCUUCCUGUAUUCAAAAUGCAUUUGCAUUAUUUGACGUCUGAGACCAUUCACUGGGAUGUAACCAAACUUCUUGAGGAUGAGCCAAAAAAAUUUGAAAGUCCGAAUGGUGGUUACGUCAGUCGAUGAGUGCCACUGAACCGGCGACACCACUUUCAAAUAAAUAUACAGAGUCUAAAGUGCUGAGUAUUUCGCCGCCGAAUACAAAACCGCCCUCGCUUAUCGUAAAGAAUCUUGAGGAACAGGUGGGUAACCUAGGCUUCAAUGGCGAAAGACAGGACUUAGUUGACGGACGAGGCAUUCUAGAGCAUGAACGGGACAGUCUUCCUUUACCAGCGAUCACAGGAACGAGACGGCCUGGAAUCGCGGUGCGACGCGGCGCUGAAGGCUGGAAACCAUCGGUUCGGGCCUUUGAACCUCCUCAACGAAAAGGGCUCGAACACAAAUUCCAGGAUAUCCUCGACGCUGACGAGCCAGAUCUCGAGAAGUUGCGGGCACUGAGCUGGAAAGGAAUUCCAACAAGAGUGCGACCUCUCGUGUGGAAAAUCCUUUCUGGUCAUCUUCCGGCGAACACAGAACGCCGACGUGCCGUUCUUGAUCGGAAGCGCGAGGAGUAUUUUGGCUUUGUGGAGAAGUACUAUGAUAACCGGUGUGAAGACCAAAUGCAUCAGGAAACAUAUCGGCAGAUUCACAUCGAUAUUCCGCGAAUGUCACCGCUCGUUCCGCUGUUUCAGCAGCCUACGGUUCAGCUGAUAUUCGAACGCAUCCUGUACAUAUGGAGCAUACGGCAUCCGGCAUCCGGCUAUGUGCAAGGCAUGAAUGAUCUGGUCACACCGUUCUUUGUUGUAUUUCUGUGCGAAUUAGCGCCACCGCAUGAGGACGUCGAAGUGUACGAUGUUGCUUGUUUAGCGCCCACUGAUCUCCGGCAGAUCGAGGCCGACUCAUACUGGUGUAUGUCAAUGCUGUUAGACGGCAUUCAGGAUAACUAUACGUUUGCACAGCCCGGUAUACAGGCCAAGGUGGGCACCCUUCGUAUGCUCAUGCAACGGGUUGAUCGGCCACUUUUCGACCAUCUUGAAGGCCAUGCUAUCGAGUUCCUUCAGUUCACAUUUCGAUGGAUGAAUAAUCUGUUAAUGCGCGAACUUCCACUCCGAUGUACUGUCCGUCUGUGGGAUACAUAUCUGGCCGAGGGCGACAGUGGCUUUUCGGUAUUCCAUCUCUACGUAUGUGCAGCUUUUCUCAAACAUUUUUCCAAGGAGCUUCUACGCGAACGAGAUUUUCAGGGGCUAAUGCUGCUGUUGCAGAAUCUGCCAACGUCAAAAUGGGGCGAUGCCGAAAUCACACUGCUUGUCGCCGAGGCCUAUAAUCUUAAGUAUAUGUUUGCGGAUGCACCAAAUCACUUACUGACGUGACCAACUUACAUGCAGUCGCGUAACGUCCCCUAUUCUAGCUCAAUGUUUGUGCGUAGUUAACAUGCGUCGAGUUGAGUGAGGAAAACGACGCGAAAAUAUAGCAAGUUAAUGAAUACCACAGACUGAAAACAAACGUGACGAUGCACAGACGCAUUGCCCGCAGAGUCACUUGGUCUGUCUUCAACGUCCAUUCGAAGAAAAACCAGAUCCAUGAAGCAAAUGCAACUGCAAUCACCACAAGACACACGCAAAGUUCCAUAUGUCUUAUUAGUAUCAUAAAAAAGUAAAAAGCUGCUUAGUCAUUUAAAGAUGAAGAAAUAAUUCGCUUACGGCGAAAAAAUGAGAUUAGUGUAAUGACUAUACACACGUUCGUGUACCCAUAAAGUAUCAGACGAAAACCACCCUCUGUAAAACGGAAAUUCGAUUAAAUCUGAGGUAACAACUGGAUACACUGACACAGAAUUACAAAAUCAAACUAAAACUGUACUAUAUGUAUGUGAUAAGACGGGUUUGUUUAUAAUGGAAUGCAGAGAUUGAUUGUUAAUGUCUCACAAAUCCAGACUGCUAAUCUCGACCGACGAUGCGUGAACUAAUUGAAAUGUCCGAGUUUUGCUCCAUUAAUGGUACUACAUUUAAUAGUUCAGAAAUGACCAAACAGAUGAUUAUUUCGGCUCAUGCUAAUUGUAUCCGUUGUUGUAGGAUAAAGCACGUUAACAAAUCUAAACUGCUAUCAAAUAUCAAAUACACGAGACUAAACGGUUGUCGGCAGAAGAAAAAAAUACAGAUGUAGGAAGACAAACCUCCAAUUACAUGACCAAUAACAUAGUACAGUAGAAAAAGCAAAGGAAGAAGCUGAAUUGAGCCAAACAGCCACGACUGCUAUUUUGUGGCCAAUGGAGCCUCUUAUUUUUCACUAAAUACGGGAAUAUGAUGAUGAAACAAGCGACGAUUGGUGGUAUAUGCUUGUGCGUAUGUGUACUGUAUAAAGGGAUAACUACAUCUGAAUGGAGCCACCUUGCCAUUCGGGCAGGCCUACAUGGCAUCACGUUAAGGACGGCGUCUUUGGUGCGAUGAAGGCCGCAAUGAGAAACAAAUGUAAAAGCGAUAACAAAAAUUAAGUUAGCGUCAUUUAGUUAUUUAGCAACGAGGCAAGCUGUUCUUACAUUUUCGACGAAAAAUCCGGUUACCGCGUGCUAGCAUCGGUAUAAGGGCCUGAUGCCGCAAACACACCAAAUAAACUGGAACUGGUUCCAUAUUAACACGUGUGUUCUAAAAAUGAGACACUCAGACCUGUGGGUUGUCCGUGAAAGCGAGUGAAUUCUAGGGUGUUAGCUAUUUAAUUGUUGUGCCAGUUGCAACGAUCACAACAAUAUUACUAGUAAUUCAUACAAGUCUAAAUCCUACAUGUAUCUUACCGCAAAAAAAGGUUAUUAGUGUGAUUGAUACAAAAAGCAAAAUUAUUACAUGGAAUUAAGCUACAAUAGUUAGGCAAGGAGAGCUGUACGUUCAAGUAUUGUUGACUCACAAUUGUAUAUAUCUAUAGUGAAAAAAAAAAUAAUUACGAAAAUAUUUGGGGUGGAAGGAAAGAGAACGUAAUAGAAAAUUAAGGGACGCAUUACAUCUUGUUCCGGACGAACAGGGAGAUUUCGUAUAAAAUUAGGUUCUACGUAGGUAUCAGCCUUAAGGACGAGUCCAAUACAGAACGAUACUCUCAAAACCCAUAUGGACAAAACAGAAUGAUUAAUAUUUUCAAUUGGAAAGGCCAUUAUGACUGGGCCUAAAGUAUAACCGAUAGAAGACAACAAUUGAUGUAUGUCCGUAAUAUGGAAGCGUGAACUGUUCGACACGAGCCUAAAUUCAUCGACGCUACGAAGGCUCAACUACGUGUAUGUACGUCCAUUACUGAGAAGGGAGUAAUCGUCGGAUCCAAUUCAUGGAUUCAAGUAGUAAUAGCAGAGAUGAUUUCAACGGUAAUCAUUCAAAACGGUGCAGAAAGCAAUUGGGUUGACCACCGUAGGCACACAAAAUCGUAGAAGGUGAAGACGACCUGCAAUGGAUUGUAACCUGUUGUACGCUGUCCAGCCAGCCGGAAAUCGUGAAAAUAUCGGCAACAGACUUGGAAAAAGAGCGUUGUGUACAUUAUAAGCGGUGUUGUGGCAUGUGUGCUUGUUAUUACUCGAUAAACAGUAAACCAUUAAUGAUGAAAGAACACGCGAGAAGCUGACCAAUCAAUAUAAGAAAAUUGAAAAAUGGAUACGAGGCGAGACAGACUAAUCAAAAUUGUUCCGCAGAGAAGAAGGUAGAAAAUUGUGGCCAGUGAUGAAAGUAGGGAACCAGGCGAAGUCUAAGAGCGAAUAAAUCAUUAUGAACUAUGUGCAAUUUUUCCUUCGGCUA